UGGUAGAAAAAGAAUAACACUGGGGGAAAAAAGUCAGAAAAUAGAGAGAAAGAGAGAGAGAUUGAGAUAGAGCUAGAGUUUGAAACAGAUCCAAAAAGCCAAAUCAAAUCUGAGGAUAUCCCAUGUUUAACAGGGUUGUUUUUUUUCUUUAAAAGAAAAACAAACCCCAUGAGCAAAGGGAUAUCUCAGUUUGAUUUGUGAGAGUUUUUGUUUUUUUGUCAUUGAUCAUUCUCUCUUGUGAAUCUUUUGUUCUUGUUAUUCUCGUUGUUGUUGUUGUUGUUGGGUUUGGUCUGCAAUGGAGGGAGAGAGGAAGUACAUUACGUGUGAGGAGCUGAAGGAGCACAACAAGCCAGGGGACUUGUGGAUCUCUAUCCAGGGUAAGGUUUACAAUGUCUCUGAUUGGGCCAAGGACCACCCUGGUGGGGAUACAAUUCUCUUCAAUUUGGCUGGCCAAGAUGUCACUGAUGCAUUCAUAGCAUACCAUCCUGGCACUGCAUGGCAGUACCUGGACAAAUUAUUCACUGGGUUUUAUCUAAAAGAUUUCAAGGUCUCUGAGGUGUCCAAGGACUAUAGGAGGAUGGCCUCUGAGUUUUCCAGACUGGGUUUGUUUGAAAAGAAAGGGCAUGGUGCUAUGUACUCUAUUCUGAUCAUUACAACCCUGCUUCACCUUGUUGUGUAUGGUGUGUUGAAAUCUGAGAGUGUUUUGGUCCAUUUGGUUUGUGGUAUGAUGUUGGGAGCGCUCUGGAUUGAGGGUGCUUAUAUUGGUCAUGAUGCUGGCCAUUACCAGAUCAUGUCAAGCAGAAAGUGCAACGACAUUGCUCAGAUUCUGGCUGGGAAUUGCCUUACUGGGAUCAGCAUUGCUUGGUGGAAAUGGACUCACAAUGCUCACCACAUUGCCUGCAACAGCCUUGAUUAUGAUCCUGAUCUCCAGCAUAUUCCAGUCUUUGCAGUGUCCACAAAAUUCUUUAAUUCAAUCACAUCAAUCUUUUAUGGUAGGGAGUUGAAGUUUGAUCCUGUGGCUAGAUUUUUAAUCAGCUACCAGCAUUUUACAUAUUACCCAGUCAUGGUGGUUGGAAGGGUUAACUUGUUCAUACAAACAUUCUUGUUAUUGUUCUCAAGGGGUAAUGUCCCAAACAGAGCUUUGAACAUAAUGGGGAUCCUUGUUUUCUGGACUUGGUUUCCUCUUCUUGUUUCAUGCCUGCCCACUUGGAAUGAGAGGGUGAUGUUUGUGGUGGCCAGCUUUACAGUGACAGCACUUCAGCACAUCCAAUUCACCUUGAACCAUUUCUCAGGAGAUACAUAUCUUGGACCACCCACAUCAAAUGAUUGGUUUGAGAAGCAAGCAGCGGGGACUUUGGAUAUUUCUUGCUCAACUUGGAUGGAUUGGUUCUUUGGUGGCCUGCAAUUUCAGCUUGAGCACCAUUUGUUUCCCAGGUUGCCUCGUUGCCAGCUGAGGACGAUUUCUCCUACUGUUAAAGAACUAUGCAAGAAGCACAAUUUGCCUUACAGGAGCUUGUCCUUCUGGGAGGCCAAUAAGUCCACCAUUAGGACUCUAAGGACUGCUGCCCUGCAGGCCAGGGACCUAUCCAAUCCUGUCCCAAAGAACUUAGUCUGGGAAGCUCUGAAUACCCAUGGCUGAGAUUUCCUGUGGCUUGUCAAAUAUAUUAACUGCCCCACCCACCCACAGUCAUUGCCUUUCUCUUAUUAUACAAUACAACUUUGGGGGAUCUAGGAUGAAGAUGAUUAAUCUAUCAGCUGGGUUUUGUCAAUUGAGAUUUCUUAUCUUUUUUCCUUUGGCAUUUCUCUUCUGGAAUAUAUGAUUUCUGUAUGUUUUAUGUGUCUAAACUUGCAGUAUAACAAAGGUAUUAACUUUUGGUUGAUUUGCA